GUAAUAAUCCAACAACCUAAUCCACACGAAUCCAAAACAUGGCUGAGUAAUUUCCUGGAUAUGCCAUUUUCACCAUUACGACAUUAAAUGCCCUUUUUUCAAAUGUCUGCCCAAAAUUUCAUCUUCGUGCUUUCCAAUCUUUGAAAAAGGGUGAUCGACCUUCAAAUUCAAUUUGCGUGCAACUACCUGGUUAAAUAUUAAUUUAUUAAUAUUAAUUUGGUUUUCUUGCGAUUCGAUGUAAACAGAUUGGACCAACAAAUUGCUCUAAAUUUAUAAUGUUCUGUUUCAUAAAGAAGACAGUAUUAUAAAGUCUCUACCUCCUCUGGUAGAUUGCUAUUCCUGACAUUAUUGAUUUCGAGUUGUUCUACAACAGACAAGAAUUCUUGCUGGAAUUGAGUCUGUUGUUUCGUAUUGUGGGUGUUCAAUUCCUGCAAAUUCGGAAGGAAGGAUGGUGAUAAAAGGCGAUUUACUAGAGGAGCCUAAUGGAAUUUCAGAUGCCAUCGACUCGACUGAGCAGAAAAUGAAAGUUAUUAUUGAUACAGAUCCAGGGAUUGAUGACACUAUAACACUUUUAAUGGCAUUUCAGUCGUCUAAUCUUGAGGUGAUUGGUCUGACUACAAUUUUUGGCAAUGUCACCACUGAGGAUGCCACACGAAAUGCUUUACAUGUGUGUGAAGUUGCAGGAUUUCCAGAUGUGCCAGUUGCUGAGGGCAGCCCAGAGCCUUUGAAGAGGGGUCCACCUCGGAUUGCAGAUUUUGUUCAUGGAUCUGAUGGGCUAGGAAAUACAUUUCCUCCUCCACCAAAAAUCAAGAAAAUAGAAAAAAGUGCCUGUGAAUUCCUAGUUGACAAAGUUUCUGAAUAUCCGGGUGAGAUCACAAUUCUUGCUUUGGGACCGUUAACUAAUAUUGCCUUGGCAAUCAAAAGGGACAAGGAUUUUGCAAACAAUGUGAAAAAGAUUGUUAUACUUGGUGGUUCAUUUUUUGCAAUUGGCAAUGUUAACCCUGCCGCAGAAGCUAAUAUUUAUGGGGAUCCAGAAGCCGCUGACAUUGUAUUCACUUGUGGAGCAGAAAUGGUGGUUGUUGGCAUAAAUGUCACCACACAGGUUAUUCUGACUGAGGCAGAUUUGUGUGAACUCAGGGAUUCAAAAGCAAGAUACGGAGAGUAUAUCUAUAAGAUGUGCCAGUUUUACAGAGAUUUUUAUAUAAAAUCGGAUGGUGUUAAUGGGAUAUUUCUACAUGACCCCACUUGUUUUGCAGCCCUAAUAAAACCUCAACUUUUUGAAUAUAAGAAUGGUGCUGUGCGUGUAGAGACACAGGGUAUCUGCACUGGGCAUACAUUGAUGGAUUUCGGAUUGAAAAAAUGGAAUACGGAUAAUCCUUGGACAAACAUUCGACCUGUAUCAGUUGCUUGGACAGUUGAUGUGGCAGGCGUCAUUAAUUUAGUGAAGGAGCUGUUGAUGAAACCCUGAUAGAGCCCCAGACACUCCUCUAUAAGAUAGUUUGAACAGUGAAGCAAGCAGGCCUCGGGUAAAACUUGUUACAGAUGAUAAUGGUCUUGAUGCAUGGUUGAUUACACAUACUUCAAUGGGUGAGAAUCAUUGGGUCUAAUAUGUACUUGUUUGUGGGAAAUGAAUCUCUAUAACAGCUCUGAUUUGUGCAUGGAAACUUUUUAAAAAACAUUUUGAGGCCUCCCACAACAUCAAUUCAGAGCGUUUAUUAUUGGAAAAAGCCCACCUUCAA